CAACAUUACUCAGUUGAUUUAUGUCUUUCCCAGUUGUAGUAUUAUAUAAUGCUAUUUACCUUGAAUUGAACCUUUAUAUCCAAAAUCGAUAUCCGCUGCAGACGAUCGAUAGCCUUGCCACUGAAGCCCGCUUGUAUUGAUUAAAUAAUCCGAACCAAGCAUACAGCCGAAUCAAGAAGCCGCGAGAAUGGCGCUUCCAGAGAAAAUGAAAGCAGUCGUGUUUCAUGGACCGCACAAGGUCGCUGUGGAAGAGAGACCGGUACCUCAGAUCCAAGAGCCAACGGAUGUGAUUGUCAAAGUGAAAUACACAGCUCUUUGUGGCAGCGAACUACAUGUAUUCCGUGGCCAUCAGCCGUCCAAAACUGGAUUUAUUAUGGGCCAUGAAUUCACCGGCACGGUGGUUGCGACUGGCAGCGCUGUUAAGAGUGUGAGAGUCGGGGAUGUUGUUGUUAGUCCUUUUACAACGUCAUGUGGAGAAUGUUACUACUGCAAGCAUGGCUAUUCUUCUCGUUGUGAAAAAUCCCUCUUGUUCGGCUGCCCUCUUCUCGAUGGAAGCCAGGCUGAUUAUGUACGAGUGCCAUGGGCAGAUGGGACAGUAUACAAAGCCCCCGAAGGAGUAGACGAGAAGCUACUUGUCCUAAUGGCCGAUAUCUUCCCUACGGGCUACUUCGCGGCCAGCAAUGGAUUCAAGGAGUACACGAAAGAACAAGUUUCUGACCUGACCGUGGUCGUCAUUGGCUGCGGUCCAGUUGGCCUGCUUGCUCUGAUCAAUGCUCUCGAGUUCAAGCCCAAGCACCUCUUGGCAGUAGACUCAGUCCCAGCUCGACUCGAGCAGGCAAAGAACAUUGGCGCAGAGCCCUGGAAUUUCCAGACAGACCGCGCGGGACUCGACAAGCGUGUCAAGGAGUUGACUGACGGCCGGGGCGCGGAUGUGGUCAUCGAGGUGGUCGGGUUAAGCCCGGCGCUGCGAACGGCAUUUGAGCUUCUUCGGCCAUGGGGGACGAUUAGCAGUGUUGGCGUGCACAACGCCGAGAUUCCUUGGACCGGCAAUGAGGCGUACGGCAAAAAUCUCAAGCUCCAGAUGGGACGAUGUCCGGUGCGAUCGAUCUUUCCACAGGCUUUGGAAGUGCUGAAGAAGAACCAACACGUCCUUGGGUUCAUGGCAGACAAGAUCAUGCCGCUCAGCGAGGCCGUCGAGGGCUAUGAUAUCUUCGAUAAGAUGAAGGCCCAAAAGGUCAUCUUUGAAGCGAGCUAAGUUGUAUAACUCUUGAAAAAUUAUUAAUCGGUGGGAGAAUGGGGAGAAAUGAUGGGAUAAGCGGGGCUCAGUUUGAUGGCGGCGCAGUCAAACAUGUUUGUGUUCAGCGGUCACCUAUUUGGGAAGCGCUCAAGUUCUUGUUGUGUUUUCAAACAGAAUUUCUCCUUUUCCAUGGGUCAUCUUGUUGGGUGGAUGUCAUCAUAAUGAUACUCUCUUUUGACCACAAAUCGUAAAAAUUUACACAUCGGUAUCAGGCUACUCGCUCUCUUUUGACCACAAAUUGUAACAAUUUACACAUCGGUGUCAG